AUGCAAGUCGAAAGUGCUUUAUCCGUCAUCGGCCCAAAGCCGACCGACCUGUCGACACCGGCGCCAACCACCGGCCCCGGACCAAAUGGCAAACAGCGCACGUCCAGCCUGGAGGCCCCCAUCAUGCUACUCGCCGGCCACCAGAGCGCGAUCUACUCCAUGAAGUUCAACCCCACGGGCACCAUAAUCGCGUCCGGGUCCCACGACCGGGACAUCUUCCUCUGGCACACGCACGGCGACUGCAAGAACUUUGCCGUCCUGCGUGGCCACAAGAACGCCGUCCUCGACGUCCAGUGGAGCCCCGACGGGUCCCAGCUGAUCUCCGCCAGCCCCGAUAAGACCCUCCGUGCCUGGGACGUCGAGUCCGGGAAGCAGAUCAAGAAGAUGGUGGGCCACCUGUCCACUGUCAACUCGUGCUGCCCGGCCCGUCGGGGCCCGCCGCUGGUGAUAAGCGGGUCGGACGACGGGACCGCCAAGCUCUGGGACAUGAGGCAGCGGGGCCCGGUUCAGAGCUUCCCGGACAAGUACCAGAUCACGGCCGUCAGCUUCUCGGACGCGUCCGACAAGUUCUACACGGGAGGCAUCGAGAAUGAUGUCAAGCUGAGCCCGGACGGUUCAUACCUGCUGACCAACAGCAUGGACUGCACGCUUCGCGUGUGGGACAUGCGGCCGUACGCGCCACAGAACAGGUGCGUGAAGGUUUUUGAAGGGCACCAGCACAACUUUGAGAAGAACCUGCUGAGGUGUGCGUGGUCUCCCGACGGGAGCAAGGUGACGGCUGGCAGCAGCGACUGCAUGGUGUACGUGUGGGACACGACUUCACGCCGCGUGCUGUACAAGCUCCCUGGGCAUACGGGGUCGGUCAACGAGUGCGCAUUUCAUCCUCGGGAGCCGAUUAUCGGGUCGUGCAGCAGUGACAAGCAGAUAUAUCUUGUAAGACCAUCUUUCUCUUCUUCUGUCUCUAAUGUAAUUAUCAUGUCAUCUUCUCUGCAUCAAACUGUCGAUGUUGAACCUACUGGUGAGGAGGUUGUAUCCUUGCUGACAAAGAUGAUAGAGAUGGAAAUAUUUUCACUGCCCGAGGCGGCGGAAACUAAGACGAUGACUGAUGUUGCGGUUUCUCCGCCUCAAGAACUCAUCGGUUUGGACUUAAACUAA